AUGGGGAAGAAGAAGAAGAAGAAGAAGAAGAAGAAGAAGAAGAAGAAGAAGAAGAAGAAGAAGAAGAAGAAGAAGAAGAAGAAGAAGAAGAAGAAGAAGAAGAAGAAGAAGAAGAAGAAGAAGAAGAAGAAGAAGAAGAAGAAGAAGAAGAAGAAGAAGAAGAAGAAGAAGAAGAAGAAGAAGAAGAAGAAGAAGAAGAAGAAGAAGAAGAAGAAGAAGAAGAAGAAGAAGAAGAAGAAGAAGAAGAAGAAGAAGAAGAAGAAGAAGAAGAAGAAGAAGAAGAAGAAGAAGAAGAAGAAGUUGAAGUUGAAGAAGAAGAAGAAGCGCUGA